AUGUGGUGCCUUUUCACAGUGAUAUAUUUCAUCCCUAUUCUUGGAAGUACUCAUGGUAUCUUUCGAAAUCGAAAAGCUGUGAACCCUGAAGCAAAUACGAAUAUUAGCCAAAUCAUUUCCUACUAGGGCUACCCCAAUGAAGAAUACAAUGUUGUAACCAAAAAUGGUUAUAUCCUUGGCCUGUAUAGAAUUCCUUAUGGGAAGACAAACAAUAAUAAUGUUUCAGCUCAGAGACUCGUAUAUUUGCAACAUGGUUUACUUACAUCUGCUACCACCUGGAUUUCAAAUCUUCCCAACAGCCUGGGUUUCAUUCUGGCAGAUGCUGGCUAUGAUGUGUGGAUGGGGAACAGCAGAGGAAGUACCUGGUCUAGGAAACACCUAUACCUAAAAACAAAUUCCAAAGAGUUCUGGGCUUUCAGUUUUGAUGAGAUGGCUAAAUAUAAUCUUCCAGCUUCCAUUGAUUUCAAUGUGAAACAAACUGGACAACAGGAAAUAUUUUAUGUAGGCCAUUCGCAGGGCACUACUAUUGCUUUCAUAACAUUUUCUACAAUACCAAAGAUAGCUGAAAGGAUAAAAAUAUUUUUUGCCUUAGCACCAGCUUUUUCAAUUAAACACACAAAAUGCCCUCUAAUUAAAAUGGCACACAAAUUAAAGUCAAUAAUCAAGAAUUUAUCUGGCCAUGAAGACUUCUUACCUAAAACCUCAUUUAACGAAUUUGUUGGUUCAAAGUUGUGUCCGUAACAAGUUUUUAAUAAGAUUUGUUUCAGGACCUGGUAUAUGAUAUUUUCAUAUGAUACAAACAAUAUAAAUAUGAGCCGUUUGGAUGUGUAUUUUUCACAGAACCCAGCAGGAACAUCUGUUCAAAAUAUGCUCCACUGGAGUCAGCUUCUUCAUUGUAACCACUUGAAAGCUUAUGAUUGGGGCAGUCCUGUUUUGAAUUUUCCUCAUUUUAAUCAAACAAAUUCUCCAUUGUACAAUGUGACAAAUAUGAAUGUGACAACUGCAACUUGGAAUGGUAGAAAUGACUUAUUGGCUGACCUGGAAGAUGUUAAAAUUUUACUUUCUGAAAUCACAAACCUCAUUAAUCAUAAAACUAUUUCUUACUAUAAUCAUAUAGACUUUUUGUAUGGAUUAGAUGCUUAUCAUCAAGUUUACCAUGAAAUCCGUGAUAUUAUCCAAAAAAAUCUAUAA